UUUUUGGGUUUUCAUUACAUAAAAUCUUGGUGGGAGUCUACUAAUAUUUUAAAUAUUAGGACCGAUGGAUUCGUGACUAUUUAAUAACGAUGGAGCUGGCGUCAAAACAGCUCGAGGUUCUCAUGAUUCAUGAAAUUGUAAAGUAUUAUUUUGCACGUGAGAUGCGUUUAAAUAAUUACAUGCCUGAUCGUACUUUGGAAUUACAAUCGCAAGAGUCUGAAGCCCAUUCAUCUGUAAAACAGGCGCUUGAUCUUCAUGGCUAUUAUUUGGGAGCAAAAAUUGCUAAUAGAUUGACGAUAGGUAAAGGACGUAUCUGGGAUCCUAACAACUGUGUCAUUUUUGUUUGCAAGGAUGUCUGGACUUAUAUUUUCGGUGAAAAUGCUGGACGUUUACAAUCAAACAGUCAGGGCAUUUAUAUAAUUCUAUGUGACCAUAUACCAUGGCUUGGUCCAUUAGGGAUGCGGCCACCGAUUACCACGGAUGUUAACAUCCUCCGCAGUUUCGAAGACAAUUACAAGUUGUUCUAUUUGUUUCUUUUAUGCGGUAUUAUACGUGGAUCGUUGGCUUCACUUGGCUUAGCUGCAACAGUAACUCCAUCUAUCGGUGACGGAUACAAAUUCAAAAUCAGUCUAAGGGACUAGCAAUGUUUGCAGCAAUGAUAUGCGUUCAGCGUGCGAUUUACCAAUCCUGAUAACAAUGCCCACGUGUGGUAAUCAACUAACCAUUCGCGUAUAAUCAACUGGAUUGGUUUAUAACCCAAUGCUGCUAGGUGUCUAUUUUUCAGCCGUGUCAUUCCCAGAGGCUCUCUCGUCACUGGGCACAAUGCAGCCUCUGCUAAGGCAUCCAAGGCAAGAUUUCUGUGACAUUCACUUAGUCGCUUUGAUAUAAACUUACCCAUUUAUUAAAGCGUUUACACGAUAUAAUCCUACUGCUGCAGAGCUUUCGUAAGGGAUUCCCAAUUCCUUUAGGCAUUCAUACAGGUCGCAUAUUCGCUGUAUUGUAGAAUAGAUUUUAUGGAAGCCCGUACAAACCUCUGU